AGAAAAAAAAAUAACGUCAAAAGUAAAUGUCAAAAAAGUAUGGACACGAUAGGGUCGUAGUUUUGGCGCCGCUGGUUAGUCCGUUCGAGUUCGACGACGUGCGGAAGAGUUCGCGAGUAGGUGACGGGGGCCCGAAGGCCCCUCAUCCACACCGUCUGCCCACGUAAAGUAACCGUGCGCUCUUAAAACCUGUAGUGGACGUGCCGUUGGCCUCGGCCAUUAAAACCACCGACAACACAGCGGACCCAGUUAAAAAUGGUCGCCCCAUCAUGCUAGAGUCUCUGCAGAUGUUCCUCUUUCUAUUCAAGUCUAAGUAUCGACGGAAAUGUCCGGACGCGAGCGCCGUCGUUUUUUGCUCCUUUGUGCUGGUGUUGGGGGCCGCAUGUUCGCUCGUAGCCGCCAAGUGUCAAGACAACGGCGAUUGCGGACCUCACGGAAAGUGCGUCAAUGACACCUGCGUAUGCUCGGAAGGAUGGCAAGGAAGUAAUUGCCAGUUUUGUGCUGGAAAAAUACGUUUGGCAAGUCCAACCGGUACAAUUCACGACGGUUUGGGUAAUUAUUCAAUCGGCCUGAAAUGUUCCUGGUUAAUAGAUGCACCAAACUCAACGAUAACUUUUCAUCUGGAAGAGUUUGCGACGGAAUGCGGGUGGGAUCAUUUGUACAUCUUCGACGGAGACAGUGUCGAGUCGCCUUUACUUGCUGUAUUCAGCGGUUUAAUGUACCGACACGAUUACAGUAUUCGCAAAGUACCCGAAGUUGUGGCCACUUCCGGUUCGGCUCUUGUCCAUUUUUUCAGUGACGACGCUUACAACAUGUCUGGUUUUAAUAUGACGUAUCGUUUAAACGCUUGUCCUUCGAAAGUUUCGGGAAUGGUUUGUUCUGGGAAUGGGAUCUGCAUCGAUAAGGUAUGCACGUGCGAUGGGAAAUGGGGUGGGAGUGCUUGUCAUAUCGAGAAAUGUCCAAAUAGUUGUAAUAGUCAUCUCGGGAGAGGGUAUUGCGAACAUAUGGGUUGCGUUUGUAAUAAUGGGUAUAAAGGAGAUGAUUGUGGUCAAUUGGCUGAUAACGGUUAUUGGGAAGCGAUUCAACCGUCUGGAUUUGUUCCGCCCGGAUCUGCGUCGCAUGGAGCUGCCGUUUGGAGAGAUUCUCUGUAUAUAAUUGCUGGGCAAAGGUAUGAUAUUAACAGUACCAGUAUUAUCUAUACGUAUGAUUUUAAUGGAAACGUUUGGGAAACGCAUCAUUAUAAUGAAGGUCCGUCUUUACGUUAUGCUCAUUCUACAGUAUUAUAUGGUGACAAGAUUUUUAUUUAUGGCGGUGUAGUUGGAAACCGAGGACCAACAGCGGAAUUAUGGGCUUUUGAUAUUAAUGCUAAAGCUUGGGAAAACGUUACAGUUAAAUCUGGUCCUUGCAACGCAAGUUAUUUACUUUGUGGUCCUUUAGAACUAUCCGGGCACACAGCUACAAUAGUCACGAAUAGUAAUAAAAAAUCUGAUCGAAUGAUUGUAAUUUUUGGGUAUUCACCUCGUUAUGGCUAUUUGAACAACGUUCAAGAAUACUAUUUUGGUACUAGAGAGUGGCAUAAUGUAAAUACAGAUGGUUAUCCUGUUAAAGGGGGAUAUGGUCACACCGCCACUUACGAUAGUUACAGCAUGAUGAUUUACGUUUAUGGUGGAUAUAUUUCAUCUGAAAAUCAAAACUCAAUGUUGAGUAAAGCUUUGUAUUCGUAUGAACCGAUUAGCAGAAUUUGGCGAUUAUUAAACGAAGGUCCUUCCGUAAGAUUCUUGCAUACAGCAACGUUUAUUUCACCGGGAUUGAUGUUGAUUUUUGGCGGAAAUACUCACAAUGAUACUGCUCAUAGUUUCAGAGCGAAAUGUUAUAGCUCGGAAUUACUUGCUUACGAAGUCGCGUGCGAUUCGUGGCACACAUUAAGCAUUCCUAUAGAAUUAAGUGCUGAUUUAUCGAGGUAUGGACAUUCGGCAGUAAUUUUUGAAAAUUCUCUUUAUAUUUAUGGCGGAUUUGACGGACAGAUGCUUUCGGAUAUUUUAAAAUACACAGCCGGAAAUUGUAGCGCACUAAAAAACCAAACAGCAUGUUUAAGUCAAAAACCGGGCGUUAGUUGUGCAUGGGACAAUAGUAACUCAAAGUGCAUCCCAAUAAACGAUAGAUCAAUCAAAUGGUACGAACUUCAAGACGCUCGAACAGAACCGGGGUGUACAAUGUGUAAAUGUCCGAUAUCAAGUCGAACUGACAUCACACAAAGUAUUCUAAAUAAAAAACAAAAGUGUAAUGGGAUUCAAGAUUGUACCUCUUGCGUCCAAACAAGUUACGAUUGCGUUUGGUGCAAUGGAAAUUGUACGCACAGUACUGAUUGUAAAGAAAGUCUUUUGGGGAUUGUGGAGAUGAAAUCGUGCUUGCCAGAUCCAGCGCCUCUUUGCAACCAACUCCAUACAUGCACAUCAUGCGGCCUUAAUUCGUUUUGUAACUGGGAAUUUGAAGGAAAAGUUAGAUGCGGUAAUGCUCAAGUUCCCAGUGAGCGAACAACAUGCGCUAAAGUAUGCUCGGAGUAUACAUCCUGUUUAAAUUGUACCGAAGAAGAAUGUAUAUGGUGCCAAAACGAAGGAAGAUGUAUCGAUAAAAACGCUUACAUCUCCAGUUAUCCAUACGGACAAUGCCGAGAAUGGACAACAAAAACCACCACCUGUCGUAGUGGUGGAAAGGAAGAGAAAUCCCAGUGUAGUUCUUAUUUAACGUGCGGACAGUGUAGGGACGAACCAGCAUGCGGUUGGUGCGAUGACGGAUCAAAAACCGGUCUGGGAAAAUGUAUGCCCGGUGGAUAUGCAGGGCCAACACUUCACACCCAAUCCUUACCAUCGAAUACAUGUCCAUCGGAUCGUUGGCAUUUCACUACUUGCCCUUUAUGUCAAUGCAACGGCCACGCAAGCUGCCGGGGAAAUACUAGCGUUUGCCAAUCGUGCAGCGACUUAACAACUGGACCACAUUGCGAAAAAUGUGUUCCAGGUUAUUGGGGAAGUCCCGUAAAUGGCGGGAAAUGUCAACCUUGCGAAUGCAACGGACAUGCCACACAAUGUCAUUCAGAUACUGGGAAAUGUUUUUGUACUACUAAAGGUUUAAUUGGGGAUCAUUGUGAAAAGUGUGAUCAAGCAAAUCAUUAUACUGGAGAUCCAUCUAAUAAGGGAUCCUGUUUUUAUGCCCUGGCGAUUGAUUAUCAGUUUACCUUCAACCUUUCCAAGAAGGAAGACCGUCACUAUACCCAAAUCAACUUCCAAAAUUCACCGAACAAACCCGAUAUAGACGCUGAAUUUAUGAUAGCGUGUUCCGUCAUGGCUAAAAUGAACGUAACGGUGCGAAAAGCCAACUCAAAAGAGGAAAAAGCAAUAUACACGGCUCAUAACUGUACUAAUAAUUUUAAAACUAGGUUUCUAAAGUCUGAGUAUAAUUUCGGCGAAGAGAACAAUGUUUCCUUAACGACUUUUUACGUAUACGUUUAUGACUUCCAAUCACCACUUUGGAUACAAAUAUCAUUCUCUCAAUAUCUUAAACUCAACAUUCAACAGUUCUUCAUUACAUUUUCAUCAUGUUUCUUAGCGUUGCUCUUGGUAGCAGCAUUUUUAUGGAAAAUUAAACAACGUUACGACAUGUAUCGUCGUCGUCAAAGACUCUUCGUUGAAAUGGAACAAAUGGCUUCCAGACCGUUUUCUCAAGUGCUGGUUGAAUUGGAGGGUAAGGAACGAAUCGAUGAGAAUACAAUAUCAACAGUCACUGAUUCGAAGAAGAAAAAACGCGAUUCUCCAAGUCCGAUUGCUUUGGAACCGUGCAAUGGAAAUCGGGCCGCUGUUUUAAGCCUUCUCGUUCGUUUACCAACGGGUGGGGAACCAUAUGUGGUAAAAGGUCAAUCGGCUGGCUUGGCAAUAGCCAGCGCAUUGGUAACUUUGGGUAAUCCCAGAAGAGUCAGUAUAGACCAAGUGAAGACGGACACGAAGUGUUUAAAAGGUCGGAAGGCCCAAAGCCAACACCCGGACAGUUGUCUUUAGUGUAAAUAGAUAGUUGUUCGUCCAAAAAAUACCAAGAAAAUUUAGAGGUUUUUAAUUUUGAAACAUUUGGUAAUUUUUUUUACCAAUUUUUUUUUAAUCGCUCCAUAACUAUUUUUUUUCUUAGUGUGGUUAUGAAACGUAAAAGACAAAACUUAGGGUGAGUAAAUGGUGCACAUGACCGAAACAGAGUAAGUAGUUUUUAAGGUUAUAUUUUUAUAGGAGAUUUGAACAAAGAGGCGUUUUUUAAUUUUUUUUUAGUUUAAAAUAGGGGAGAUUUUUAUUUUAUGUUUUAAGGUAACAAAACGGGGGAAGUUGGUGUAAAAUUUGAUUUUUUUUUUUUCCAAAGUAAUUACAUUUUUCUUCCAAUCUCUUGACAUCAUUAAUUAUGAUUAAUUUUUUUAUUUUUAUUUGGCAUCAAAUUUUAUACCAAAGACACACAUUUCCUCUAAAACAUGAGAUUUUCUCUAACAGUUUUUUUAUUUUUAUAUUUCUUUUAAAGCCUUUUCAUUUUUUUUUAUUGAGUGUUUUUGUGAAUGUAGAUUUUCGAAAAUGUGAUAUUAUAUAUUCCAUAUUUAGGUUUUCUUUAAUUGAGAAUAAAAGAGAUUAUGUAUAAUUAUAAACAGUGGACUGUUUUAAAAUAUUGUUUAACGUGAUUCUUAUUGCUUGCUCACUGAUUUUUUAACCUUGUUUUCCUUAAGACUAUUAUAUUCUUAAUAUCCAAUUUAAUUAAAUAAAGUGACAAUUUUUCUUUUAGGUUUAAUGUUAAAUCAUUAUUAUUACUAUUAUUAUAUUGUACGAUGUAAUAUUAUACUAUAGCUUAUCAUAAUUAACUAAAACUGAUAUUUUGUUAACGCAAAAAUUACAGCAAAGAACAUAAUUUUUAAACAGAUGUAGAUGGUUAACUGAAUUAAGUUUGUGGUUAUAAACAUUAGGCUUAAUUUCAUUUUUAUAAAGAUAAAGAUUCUGAUAUUUUGUACCCACAAGUUAAAUUCAAUUAAUUAACUAUAAAUAUAGUGACCCAUUCAUUUAUGUGAAUUUAUUCAGCUCAAUGUAAUUGAGACUUAAUAAUACCUAAAAUCAUGUUAAUUACAUUUUAUUGUUUGACGAUGGUGAAAAUAAUUAAACUAGUAAAUGAAGGGAUUAACAAAUAAUUCAUUUUGUAUGGUAGAAAUCGCUUUUAGUUACUAUAUUUGAUAGAUUCAGAGUUAAUCCUCAAAUGAUGAAGAUAUAAGCGAUUUCUUCUGUAUAUUAUUUGAGCUUGAAUAAGUAAUAAAAAAAUGAUCAAAUUCUACUAUCUAUGUAUGUAUGUAUAAAGUUUUAAGUCGUCCAAACUUUUUUUAUUUUUUUAUAUCUAUGCCUGUAGCGAACAAAAUAUAGCAUAUUGUGUGUUUACGUCUUAGAGAGAGACUGAUAUUUAUUACGAUAGGUUUUUGUCGUUUUAUUUUUAAUUUCUAUUUUCGUACAUUGUUAAAAAGAAAGAUUUUCAAUUGGUAAUUGGGUUUUAACUUUCCUCUUCUUUUCCAUCCUAGUCCUUCUAACUUAAGAAUCACCAGUGCGUUUAUAUAUUUCUAUGAUCUCAUGUCCAUAGUUUGUUUUAUCUUUCGUACUAAACCAUCUAAAGCGUAAUUAUUCCAUGAUAUAUUUUACAUUGCAGGAUAUAUGAUAAAUAAAAUUUGAUUCCAUUUUCGUACUGCCUGUACCUUUGUAUUGGUUCUUUUUGUAAAUAUAUUAUCUAAUAUUUUAAAAUGUGA